CGCAUGCGCUGUAGGCAGCGCUGCAGCAGCACAUUCCCCGCUUUCCCCCGCAGAUUUUGCUAGCAAUCAUCUAGCGGCGAACCAAUUCGGCUCUCCCCAAUUGUCCGAACUCUAAAAUAAAUGCACAUAGUCUGAGCGGUGCUUUAUGAAGAGCAGCAAUCGGACACCUAAACUCCGUUAAAUCCCGUGCACAGUUGAUGCUCGCUCCAUUGCCAUGGCAACAGAAGACAAGAAGCCGGAGACUGACACAAAACCUCCUGUGGGGACGUCAACAUCUUCUCAUAAUAAGUCCACUCCUGUCAAGCCCAAUUACGGACUGAAGUUCACACUCGCAGGUCACACUAAAGCCGUCUCCUCUGUCAAGUUCAGUCCUAGUGGAGAGUGGCUGGCCAGCUCCUCUGCUGAUAAACUCAUCAAAAUCUGGGGAGCUUACGAUGGCAAAUUUGAGAAAACCAUAUCGGGACACAAACUUGGCAUCUCCGACGUGGCCUGGUCGUCCGACUCGAACCUCCUGGUGUCUGCGUCCGAUGAUAAGACCUUGAAGAUAUGGGACGUUAGCUCGGGAAAAUGCUUAAAGACUCUGAAAGGUCACAGCAACUACGUGUUCUGCUGUAAUUUCAACCCGCAGUCCAAUCUCAUCGUGUCGGGAUCAUUUGAUGAGAGCGUGCGAAUAUGGGACGUGAAGACUGGCAAGUGUUUGAAAACAUUGCCCGCUCAUUCGGACCCCGUCUCUGCUGUCCAUUUCAACAGAGACGGCUCCCUGAUUGUGUCCAGCAGUUAUGAUGGACUCUGCCGAAUUUGGGACACAGCAUCCGGGCAGUGCUUAAAGACACUAAUAGAUGACGACAACCCUCCCGUGUCCUUUGUCAAGUUUUCCCCCAAUGGGAAAUAUAUCUUGGCGGCGACGCUGGAUAACACACUGAAGCUGUGGGACUACAGCAAAGGAAAGUGCUUGAAGACGUACACGGGCCAUAAAAACGAGAAGUACUGCGUGUUUGCCAACUUCUCGGUCACAGGUGGAAAGUGGAUCGUGUCGGGCUCUGAGGACAACAUGGUGUACAUCUGGAACCUGCAGACGAAGGAGAUUGUGCAGAAACUGCAAGGCCACACGGACGUGGUCAUUUCGACCGGCUGCCACCCGACAGAGAACAUCAUAGCAUCAGCAGCUCUAGAAAACGACAAAACCAUCAAGCUUUGGAAAAGCGAUUGUUAAAGCUCCACUUCAUAUUUCUCCUUUUAACACUUUUUUUUUUCUAUUUUUUUUAUAUAUGGAAAAAGGACUUUUUCUUCCCACUAGUAAGCUUCUGCUGGAUGCAGAACUUCCAGGGAAGGAACUUUAACAGUGAUGCGACAAAUAAAUCCCCUUGGUGAAGCAACAACGAAAAAAAUCAGUUUGGCAAUUUGUUCUGCGCGACGUGUAAUUUCUUCAUUCUACGUGGUUUUGUGUCCUGACAUCCCCUCCGCCCACACACACAAUUUGUCGUUAAGCAAAAUGGAUGACUUGUGUAACAAAUUCAUUUCACCAUUUCUAGUGUUUCAGAAUUAUUGGGCAGAACUUUUAACCUGGAUAUCAACACAGUUCACGACAAAUCAUUUAUGUUCUGUGAAACAAAAGGUUGGAAUUUUUUGCCUUUUAUGUAAUUGUUCUUGUCUAGUGAUGUCAACCUUGACUUUGGUUUUCUAAUAAACAAGUUACCAAUGCAUUA